AUGUUUUUUAAGUAAAAAAUUGUCUUAUUUUAGCUUUGCUCGUUUCUUUCCUCAACAAUAAUAACUUGAUUCAUUGUUAGCUGACCCUGAUUGUGAAUUAGAAUCAAUUUUAUAGGCAGAUAAUAUUUUAUAGGAAAUUAAAGGAAUGGGAGCCAAUAAAUUUGCUGAUUAGUAUAUAAUUGAUUUAUAAAUUUAAUAGUAUUACUAAGCAUCCUGAAAUGUAUUAGAGAAUGAUUAAAUAUAUAAUAUCUGUUGAUGAUGAAUUGAUUGAUAAAAAGACAUAAAUAUAGUAUAAUGUAAAAUAAAUAUCAUAAGAUACCCAUUCUUAUGCAGUGAAAUUUUAGGCAGUUAAAAUUAGAAGUUAUUGGAUUUUCUUUUUGAACGACCAGAGGAAGAAAUAGAAGCAGAUGCAGAAAUGAUUCGAGUUAGCUUAAUCGAUUAAUUUAUUGGUUUUCUUGAUGGAGAUGUUUUUAAUAUGACAUCAGCAGGCUAUUUUUCUAAAGCAUUUCUUGCCAUUAUUAAAAAACGAGGAUUCGAUGUAUCAUUUAUUCAAAUUUUUAGGUAUGGACUUAAAUUAUUAAUAAUAAAUAAAUUAUAAAUAAUUUGUUAAAACAUAUUGAUUGUAAACAUAUUGCAGAAAUUAUCGAAAAAUUAAUAACUCUUGAUACAACUUAAGAAUUUACAGAAGAAACAUAUAUUAAUGAAAGAAAGGCAUUAUUAUAAAGAAUUAUUUUUUUGAUGCAAAAUAAAUAUUAUUGCUCAGAAAUUGUAGAAAAUAUUUGCGAUAUUUUAACAGAAAUAACAUCAAAAAAUAUGAGUUGUUUAUAUUAUAAUAAUCCUGAUAUUGUUCCAUUUAUUGAUUAAAUUAAAAGACCAGAAUUGUUAUAUGAAAUAGCAAUAAAAACAUAAAAGCCAUAGCCUUUGUAGGUUCUCAUAAAUUUGGUAGAGAUGUAAUCAAAAGAGUCUAAAAAGGAAGAGGAUGACGAAGUUAUUCACAAUAAUGAGAAAGAUUAUUCAAUUUUUGAAAAUAUCAUACCUAAAUUACCUUAAAAUUUAUUAAGUUAACGACAUAGUGCUGCUAACUUUAAAAAUUCAAAUAAAGAAUAAGUAUAACCAUUUGGACUACAUAAGAUUAUGCUACUAAAAUUAAUUUAGACUUUUGUUGAGUAAAUUAUAAUAAUUAUUAAUAGAACUAAUGAUUUAUCUAUUAUUGAAGCAUUGUUGAAUGCAGGUUUGAUUCAAGUAUUAGAAACUAUUUGUAUUCAAUAAUAAUCAAAUAAUCAAAUACAUAUAAUAACAGAAAAGAUAAUAAAAUCUAUUUUAGAUCUUAAUGAUGAAAAUUUAACAGAAAAAGUACUAUUUGUAUUUUAAUUAAGGUCUUUGAAUUAGGGCAGCUUAUUGAAUUUAUAAUAAAUUACCAUGUAGAGGAGAACGAUAAAAAGGGAUAUAUUGGUCUUUUGACUUCAUUAUCAAAUUACUUGAUUGAGAAAUCUUAUAACAAAUUAAUUCUUUAACAUUAUAAAGACAGUAAAAUAAGAAUUUAAACUAGAUUAAUAAUGGUUUAUUUUUGUAAAAAAUAGAUUAAGCAACAUAAAUUAAAAAGAGAAGCCUUAUCUAUGUAAUGUUAAUCCAAAAGCAAAACAAGAAAUAGUUGAUGAUUAAGAAUCUGACAUAAUGUAGAUUUUACAAGUAUAACAUAUUUGAGUAAUAAUAUAGAAAUAUAAUGAAUAAUAAUAUGGUUAGUAAAGUUCAGGAGAUUAAUAAGACUAAAAUAAGGAAACAUAAUAAAAUGAAUAAGAUCUGGACACAAAUAAUUAAUAAGAUGAAGAAGGAUUAGAAGGUGAUGAGAAUAUAUUGAUGAAUAUGAAUGAUGAUUAGGUUUGGAUAGAAGAAAACAUUCAAAAUAAAAAAUAAAAUUUAGAUGAUGAAGUUAAGGGAAAUAUAAUUUAAGAAUCUUAGUAAGUGACAUAAGAAAAUUUGAAAGAAGUUACUACAAAAGAUGAUAGUAUUUCUUCUUUUUUUAAUCAUAACUUAUUUUGGAAGAUUGAAUAUGAUGAUCAGAAUGCUGAAGAUAUAUUAAAUAAGUAUGAAUGA